AUGACGUUGGUGUCCAUGGCUGUGCGGCGCCAAGUGGAGUCCAUGCUGGCGAAGGCCAAGGAUGGCGAGAAGUUGGUCUCAACGGUGCACGGGAUUUUGGCAACCUUGCAGUCGGCCCACCUUGUGCAUAUGAUUCGCAUGCAGCCCCAACACCUGGGUGUUCACCCGUCAAACCGCGACGGGCUCGGAGUCAAUGCGGGGGACGUGCGAGACUUGCUGGACUCCAUCGCCACCGUGGGCUUUUUGCCGGAGCGAGUGAACGCUAUCGCUGUGGAGAUCGAGGGCGAGCACGUUCGGCAGUUCAAUGCCACACUGGUGGCCAACGCCGGCGGCGCCCUGGGCCACUUGGAGCCGGCGGUUCUCAAGGCCGCCACCCUGUGCGGGUCGCACACGAACUUUGUGCUGCGGAUAUGCGAGCAGCAAGUCAAGCACGACAACCCGGCGAUUUGCUCGGAGGGCCGCAUCUCCUUGGAGAAGAUCCGGGCCCGAGAUGAGCUGAUGUGGCAGGCCAUCACCGAAGGGGUGACCUGGAAGAUCCUCGACAAGGAAGUUGCUCAAGAAUUUCCUGAAUUCCUUCGCCUGCUGCAGCAGUACGGCAACACCUCAUUGGAGAGGGGGGAAGGCGAGUUCCAGGUGCUGCGAAGGAUCCACUCCCUUUACGUGCAGGCCAGCGAUCCCGACUUCCAGCUGAUAAAGAAACAAGCACUGGCCAGCAAGCCGCAGUGCGCCGCUUCCGUGCCGGCAAUGUACCAAUUCUUGCUGAAGGCCUCCGGCGGGAAAGAUGGCACGUUGUUGGCUGAAACGGAGAGGUUUGUGCACUGCCAGCCUGGCAGGCGGCUCGGGCCUGACCUGUGGCAAGUCCUUGCGCAGGAUGGCCGGGCCAAGCUUUCCGGCCAUGCCCUCGGCCGCUUCCGUCACGCGCUGGUAAGGAUGCAAUGCUUUCGCCAGUGCUGUGGCAAAGAUGUGGCAAAGAAGAUGUUCAGCCAGGAGAACGCCAGCAAGGUGCUUGAAGCAGAAGCGGCCAUGGCCGAGCUUCGAGCCUUGACGCGGCAUGUCAGUGCCCAGCUGCUGGACGACCCCAGGGUGUUUGUUGCCUUGCGCUUGUCCGACAUUGCCUUGGCGGCAUGGGCCAUUGGGCUGAGGUUGCCCAACGAGAAAAAGUAUGACUCCAGCGGCGCCAUUUGCCACGACUUCGUUCUCCUUUUGAGGAACAUCACCGGAGAUGAUGCGAUUCCUUCAAGGUGGGAAGAAGCAGCUCAGAUCACGGAGACGGCGCAGGCCUCGUCUAGCGCGGCACCGAAGGCAAUGCUUAUGCGGGAGCUACGGGAAGACGGGUCCUUCAAGAACCCGGUUGCUGUGUUGCAGGAGCUCGGCUACCAGGUUGGGGAUCAUGUUCGGAGGAAGGCAGACCGCACAGAGGGCGUCAUCAAAGACAUCCAAAAGGAGAAAGUGCGGGUGGAGGUGGAUGGCGUGACGUGCAAGGUUCCCCUGGCGGCAUUCAUGAGCCAGGAGUGGGUGCGCUUUGUGCCCAAGGCAGUUGCUGAAACCAUGGCGUUCAAUGAGCAUUGGCCCAGCCAGAACAGCUCCUUCCAGCUUCAACUCACAGCCUCCAAGAUUAUGCUGGAGCUCCGUGCCCAAAGUGACAAGUUUGAAGGCGAAGGGUGGGCCAAGCUGCACGCGCAGGUCAAGCCAAACAAAUCCUUGGCAUGCGCAGGCAAGUUCCAGAAGCAUGAGCUGACCUUGAUCCCGGUCACUGGCAAGAUUGGCAGCCACGCGGGUUUCAAGGAGAUCCCUGCCAGCUCCUUCAACGUCCAGACUUCCUGGGGCGAUGAUGCCACAUUCUGGCUCAGCAACCCAACCAUCAUCCCGAAGGAGGAGUCUGAGCAGGGAUUCAUGGCACCCUUUUGGUUUGUGCAACCAACCCACGACAGCGAGCUCGCCAACCUGCAGCUUCACUGGCUGAGGGCAGACUCCGGCAUCAAGAUUCCUUGCUUUCGCAACGGGAAGGCGCUCAAGGAGGGCGACCGGCUGAUGUACUUCAAGGAGAAGCGCAAGGCCGAGGUGGCCCCGCUGGAGCAGUCGCCCGGCAAGACCAAGGUGCACACCCCUGCCAAGAGCCGCCGAACCGCUGACGCGGCCGAGUGA